GCGUGGAACUUGAAAUUUGCCACGGCAUCGCCGCCUUUCAGGGGAUUCCCCGUAUUUCUUGCCACAUCACUGAGCGCGCUGGCAAUCCCUUUCAAUUUUUCGCUGGAACUGGUUGUUUCUGAGUUAGGUCCGUUACAAGGUUUUGAACUUUUUGUCAAUUUAUUUUGAAUUUUCUGUUUGGAAACGAUGUGGAAAUGGUCACUACUCUUCGGGGCGUUGUUCGCCACCCAAUUUUUAGCUUUCAGCGGCGUCGCUUUGGCAGCUGAGGAUCAAGACGAGGUAGAGGAUGAGGGAGCUGUAGAUGACGAAGAAGAUCAGGUUGAUGAUGAAGGCCAAGUGGAAGACGAUGAAGCAGAAGUGGAAGACGAUGAAGGAGAGGUGGAGGAAGAUUCUGAAUCAACUGAAACUGAUGUAGAAAAAGAAGAUGAAAUAGAAACCCUAACUGCCCAUCCUGACACUUCUACAGCCGUUAUCUUUUCAACAGGCGAAGAAGUGGAAUUGGUGGCCGGAAAAAUGUUUACUUCAUACAUUCACUUUGCAAACACUGGUUCAAGAAAUUUUAUCAUGACCAGCGUCACUGGAUCAUUCAGGUACCCUCAAGAUUAUUCAUACGUCAUCCAAAAUUUCACUUCGUUACCGCUGAACAAAAUGAUUGACGGAGGCAAAGAAGGUUCUUUUGUUUACCAAUUCUUAGCCGCAGAAAUGGCUUCGGGUCGUCCAUUUGGCUUAGUAUUGAGCCUGAACUACAAAGACACGGAAGAUAAACAAUAUCAAGACACUGUGUACAACAAAACAGUAACGGUUCAAGAGAAUGAAGAAGGUGUCGAUGCCGAGACAUUUUUUAUGUAUGUGACAUUAGCUGCUCUUCUUGGACUUGCACUGUUUGGCAUGUAUCAUGUCGUUGGUUCGAAGAGUAAGAGAGUGAAACGAGUAACAACCUCCGCUCCUGUUGAAAUGGGCACUGGGGAUGGCAAUGUCGACUACAGUUGGAUACCGCAAGAUACAUUGAAAUCUAUGAACAAGGGAUCUCCAUCUCCUCGCAGAUCUCCGAGAAAACGUACUAGCAAAAGAGCACCCGCAAAUGAAGCAGAAUAAUUGAGAUAUCAGAUGUCACUUUAUAUAAACAAUAAAAAAAUAAAACUUGGGCAGUUGCUUGAUAAUGAUCUAGCAAUUUUUGCAAUGGAAACAAAUAUACUAACUUUUGAUGAAAUAACUGAAAAGGAAAGAAAUUUUUAAUAAUGGGGCCUUAUCUUAUUUGCAAUGAAGCGAUACGUUAUGAAGCACAAUUAAACAUUUUUCUAUAGUCCACACAUUCGAAAAUGUUGCCUAUUGCCAGUCAUGAUUAGUUUUUUUUCGUUUUUGAACUUGAAAUUUGAAUGGCUUGUUAUUAUCCAAGUUUUAGAUAUAAAAAAGCUAGUUUAAAAAUAUAUGUUUGCCAAAUUCAUUUUGAAGAAUUUUAACUUAUUCAAAGCUUGUAAAAUAAGUAUUGCAAAAAUGAACCCAUGAAUUGCCAUAUUUAUAUCUAGUAUUUGACUGAUGACUCCUUUUUUUCAAACAUUAUUGGGGACUUUAACUGGAACAAAUUGAUUGGAACUAUCUAUGAGGCAUAAUUUGCUGUAAUAUUCUCCAAUUUAUAUGGAGUUCAAAUAUGCAUGUGCAAUGAAAUAUCAGUUGAAUUUAUCCUAAAUCUGAAGCCCUCUAGUAAUAUGAAAGCAGUGUGAAAAUGAUGCAUGUUUCUAGAUUUAUUCAGGAGUCUUACUUAUUUUUGACAAUGGCUUUAAAUCCUUGGGUGGCUUAAUAAGUAAAAAUUCCAUCAUAGCAUAGUUUAGAUGAAGCUUAUGUACCGUAAUUUUUCUGUGACUUUUGACUUUGCUCUGUUGUAAUAUUAUUCAUGGACAGAAUAUUGAAGUUUCAUAAAAUAGAAUUUAUUAAAUUUUUUUGCCAAGUUUUCCCGUCAUUGUUAAGCAUAGAUAAUUAUUGGCAAAUUGACAUUUUAGCGAAUGACAUGCUAUUCUUUGUUAUAAUAUAUUAAAAUUUAUUUGGUUUUUGUCUUAUAUGAAAAAAAAUAUAGAAAUUUAUAAUGCCCGACACUGAAUGAAUACAAUAGUGGUCAGUCAUAUACUUUUAGUGUAGAUGCUCAUCAACAAUUGAACAAUGACAGUUAAUUGCUUUUCAGUGUAAUUUUUCUUAAUUUUUUGUGAAUUAUAGAUAAUCUUUUCAAUUAGGUGAAUGAAGCUGGUGUACUGCAUUAUUUUAUAAUUACGGUUAGGACGUGUUUCUAAUUAUUGAAUAUUUGCUAAAGUUUAUUUCAAUUCUUAUAGCAAUGUCCUUGGUUGUAUUUCAAUGAUUUCUUAUUCAAUGUGGUGUAAAUUAGUCGUUAGAAGUUUGUGAAGCACAUAAUAUUGUUGCAUACAUUAUCAUUUCAAAUUUCCAAUUGGCCACUUAUGGAGCGAAUUACCGUACUAUUCAUUUUGGGUAUUGCUUUGUGGUAAUCUUGCUGCACAAACUACCUAUUUAUUGAAAAUGUCGAUUUUGUUUAUUUGUCCCGAGAGUUAUACAAACCACUGAUUAUAUUUAAAUUUGGUUGUAAAUCAUUGAUAUCCCUAGACAAAUUUCAGUUUAAUCAUAGUAAUUGCAUUUUUUCUCUGGGUUCAUGAAAACUUCAUUUCUCGAUUCUAUGUAUUAUCUGAUGAUUUGUCAAUGCUAUGUUUGCUCGGAAAUAAUAUGGUUUCGAUUUGUUUGAAUGAUUUAUCAUGACUGCUUUCCUUGUUUCCAGA